AUGAAAGGGCUCCAACACACCGACACUCGUAUGGAUACACACACAAAUACUCACUCACAAAGCACUAUCGAAAACUAUUUGAACAACAAUGAUAUUAGCACCACAAUCUAUGGCUUUGAUGCCAUUGGAGAUAGCAACAGUAAUGGCGGCGACUGGAGGAACAAUGAAAACUAUAACAACAACAAAGCGUCGACAAAAUGGCAGCAACAAAAAGCGUACGGAAAUCCCAGGAGCAUAUAUACUAGUGCCAGCCCACGGCAGAAACAGCAGCAAAAUGAACAUCAACAACAACAAGAACAGCACCAGUUUGUUGAUGAUCCUGAGGAUGCUCGCAAUGACUUCCGUCUGCGAUUGUCUGACUUAAAUGAGGCCGUUAAAGGUGCGGGUACUGCUGUUGUUGCCGGGCAGCCGGCUGGCUAUGACAAUGCCAACAACAACAACAACAACAAAAAUAACGACAAUGCGUCCCAGCAACAGGAACAAAGUUUGUCAUUCGACAAGCGCCGCAGCCAAAGCAACGUACAAAGGGUGGCAUGCACAGCACCUCUGCAAAAGCUGCAUAUACCAAAUGUUUCAUCCGAUGGGGUCGAGCUAAAGGUGGCCGAAGACAAAAACUCGUACACUCUCAGUGGCGCACGCGAGGAAAAGGUGCAAUUGAUUGAUGGAGACGUCCUUAUAGUCAAUGGUCAUACCAAUCAAGUGUAUCCUACUCAGGGGGGAACACUUCUUACAACAUACACAGCCGGUCCCAAUGGCACGUAUGUCAACGAACGAGGUCAGCCAGAAUACUAUGAUUAUGACGGAAUCGAUGUGGAGGGCGAGGAGGAUUACGCAGUGGCGGACAAUGCUAGCUUCAACGAUCUCCCAGAUGACAUUGAUAGCGAGGACGCUGAUGAGCUGAGCUCGCAGCUGCCAUACGGCAUCCAAAAUGUGCGCAAGCGUCUGGUCCGCAGCGUCAUGCCUCCACCCCACCAUACUGGCAAUGCUGGGAACGAUGGUAUUACAUACCAGUCAUUAUGUCCAACGAAUCGGGUGACCAUUAAACUGGAAAGAGGUCAAUAUCGACCCAAUCAUUAUGUGGAGGUCACAUGUGCUCAUAAUUACGUGCCACAGCCAAUACGGGCCAACAGCAACAACAACUACGAGUAUAAGUAUAGAAGCAAUGACCUGACACUUCUGAGAGCACUCUGGGCGGAGGGAUCAGGCGAGAAGCGUGAGAUCUGCUCCGCCACAGGCUUUUCGUGCAUCCAACUUAAUCGCACCAUACACUUGAUACGUCUUGAUGAAGGAUCCGGCUGUUGGGAAUCGGAGACGCGCACGGUGCCCUCCGGCUGUGAGUGUAUGUGGCCGAAGCAUAGCUACGGAGACAUUGCCUCUUAUCAUCAGACCCAAAAGCGCUUCGGUACGCUGACCAGGCUCCGGAAUGGCGGAGACUACAAGUCGGGCAUCGGAUAUCGCCAACAGACUCUCCGAGCCCGUGGACAGGGUGGCACCCCAGGAAAUGCCGCUCGUAGUCGACGCGACAACGUCGGCUACAAUGACAUAUACGAACUCAAUUGAGUACUAGGAUAACGCUGUGAGAGUAACUGCCAGGCAGACAGGACCAUUCCACAUUGUGGUCGAUUAG